AUGGAGUCUCUCGGCAAGCUACAGCUCAAUCAACAGCCAAUUCACCUCUCUCUCACUCACCUCUCUUCAUCAUUCCCCCAAAAUCCUUCAUCGCUUUCUUUCAGAUCCUUGCACCGAUCAACUUCGUCUCUCAAAUGCGCUUCCAUCAGAGCUUCGUCAUCAAAGUCCCAACCCCCGAGAAUCCCAGUUUCGCAAUCACUUCCUUCCCGUCUCCUCAAAUCCACCUGCGUCACAUUCACCGCUGCAGCAGCGCUGUUCUUCGUGAAUCUCCAGAUCAAACCUCCGCCGGCGAUUGCAGCUCCUCUGUCGGCGACGCCGUCGGUGGAAUCUCUUAGAGAGAGUAACGGAGACGUUUCGUUUGAAGAUCAGGAGAGAUCGCUCGAAGAGCAUCUCGCUUCUCACCCUGAAGAUGCGGAGGCUCUAAGGUCGUUGAUGGAGGUAAGGAUCAAAUCUAAGAAGCUUCUAGAAGCGAUAGAGGUGAUCAAUCAAUUGAUAGAACUAGAACCUGAAGAGAAAGAGUGGCCAAUGUUGAAAGCCAAUAUCUUUAGUCACAGUGGAGAUUCAGAGUCUGCGAAAAACGGAUUUGAAGAGAUUUUAACCAAGGAUCCGCUUUGCGUUGAGGCUUAUCACGGACUGCUUUUGGCGUAUUCCGAAUCAGGUUCCGAUUUGAGUUUGGUGGAGAAGAGGAUUGGGGAGGCGAUGGAGAAAUGCAAGAGAGAGAAGAAUCGUAAGGACUUGAGGGAUUUCAAGCUGCUAGUGGCUCAGAUUCGGGUUAUUGAAGGGAAGCAUAACGAAGCGUUGAAGCUGUAUCAGGAGCUUGUGAAGGAAGAGCCGAGAGAUUUCAGGCCUUAUCUGUGCCAAGGGAUCAUAUACACGGUUUUGAAGAAGCAAGAUGAGGCGGAGAAACAGUUUGAGAAGUUUAGGAAACUUGUGCCGAGGAACCAUCCUUACAGAGAGUAUUUUAUGGAUAAUAUGGUUGCAACGAAGCUCUUUGCAGAGAAGGCGCAGCGAGAGAUGACUGGAUCCAAGAGUUGA